GCUACGCUUGCACGAUCCUCGGUGGACGGUUCCGGGUCCAGAUGUCCGCUUAGCUUUCGUGCCCCUGGAGCGGGUGAGCGGAGUGCACGAUGGCAGGUCAUGCGGAGAGGCUGGUGGCGGUGCUGGAGUCGUACAGAGGCCGAGACAAGGUGAUCAGGACGUUGUGCUAUGGCUGCCAGCUGGUCGGUGGAUCAAUGCUGCAGAAAUCUUCAGGGAGAUCAGAAGUUGGGAGGCGCCUGUUGCUGUUCUCUGCUCAGCUCAGUCACUGUCGUACGGUUCUGCGGCUGUUUGAUGACCUGGCCAUGUACCUGUACACGAGGGACUACGGGCUGGGGACUAAGGGUGAAGCCGCCCCCCUGAGGUGUCUGUCUGUCGUCGGGAACCUCGCGGACCAACUGUACUACCCGUGUGAGCACAUCGCCUGGGCGGCCGAUGCCAAGCUGAUCGCAACCCGCUCCGAGCGGUGGUGGGCAGCCAGCACAGCCCUGUGGGGGGCCUCUCUUCUGGUGGCGGUGCUCAGGUCGACCAGCGUGAUUCUGCAUCUCAUCCGGAAAAGGAAGAAGCAAGAAGGCCGACUCGAGGAGAGCAGGAUGUCAUCCCUUGAGAGGCUUGUGCAGGAGGAGAUACUGAAUGUCCUGAGUAGCGCCGCUGAUCUUGCCAAUGCCAUACACUGGAUGCCCCCUGGCUUUCUGUGGGGAGGCCAGUUCCCUGAUUGGCUGGUGGGACUCCUGGGCACCAUCUCUUCCCUGAUUGGCCUGCACCAGAUGUGUAACAAGGGAAGCGGAGGAAACGUUUAAAGCUGUGUCCAGUGCAGACCACUGUAGUGGUCCAUAGUGUUACAUGCCAGCCGGGCCACAGUACUUGUGCCUGGCUACAGCAAGACACACACAGGCACCAGUCGGGCACGGCUGGAGCAUAUCUUAAAUGUGCCUUCACAUUAGGCCUGGGGGUCUGCUGUGGAGGGACGUCCAUUAGCUGACAGAUACAUAAAGGACAUGAGCGCAUUUUGUCCAACUUGAUAACCAGGGCCUGUUAUUUUUGUAUAGCGCCCUCCACUGACCGUGUCACACAUUUACAGGUCAAAUACAAAGCCCAGACUUUAUAAAAUGUACAGACGUGGCAAUGCAGAUCCGCUUAAAAACACAGCAAGAAGCAGAAGGAGCCUCCCAGUGUCUGCCGUUAGUGUCAUCACUGAGCUGUGGCCAGCGGAGCAUCGGUGGUGGGGUCCACGGUCAGCCGUGACAGUCACAGCCCUGGAGACCUCCGCCCCCUGCUGGUCAUUCAACAGUACGAGUCUGUGCUGCCGUCCGAGUCUCUUCAUCCUUUGAGUCGAAGGCUCCCAGCAUCUCCGGGGUCUUUCAAUGGACAGGAGGACCACAAAGAGAGACCAGAAUGGACAGGGGGGCAGUAAUGGAUCAUGACUAGGGUAUUACUGGAGUUAGCACAUCUCUAAUCAGAAAUGGCCACACUGGAGUGAUGAAGGGCCACCAGUGAUCCAAGCAGACCUGGCAGGCCACAGCUUUGGGGGUCUUGGUGUUGUGUUUGCUGCCACACAAAAAUAGCAAAAUGGGGGAAACGCCUGCCAGAGCCCACCGAGUAGGCUUAGCACCAAACUCAAACGCAGGGACCCCAAAAUGGGGCAAAGGCUUUUUAAAUACCAAAAGUAAAAAAAUAAAAAAUAGAAUUGUGACUCCUGUGGUCCACACUGUGAACUCAAAGGUGGUAUUCGAUUUACCAAAACUUCAUUCAAAAACUUAACACGGCAAACCAAGCCAGUCCGCAAUUUCAAAACGCGUAAAUGCUAAAGAGAAAAGUCUGAGAAUCAGAUAGCAGAAAAUGUCCUGUGUGUGUGUGUUCAU